CACUCCACGACUCUUGCUCAUUUCGGCAACCCCCUACCAUAGUUCCCUCUCUCAUUCUCUGAAUCAACAUGAAACCCUAGCUUGCUAACCCUUGUUUUCGACCUCGAUUCUGGUCGAGUCGGAUUCUUCGUCGGAUUCUGAGUGAUUUUGGUCGAUUUGAGUUCUUCAAGCGUUGGGUUUAGGGUUAUUCAAAUCCUUGCUACGCUGCUCUUCGAUUGGGUUCUCAUCAGGUGUAAAUGGGAUAACAGUGAGAAACAUUUAAAGCCAGAAGCUGGGUUGCUUCAGCUUCGGGAAGGUCUUAAGGUGUUUGCGAAUUUGCGACCGGCAUCAGUGUUGCCCCAGAUUCAGCUGCUCAGAGAUCCUUCAUUGUUGAACAAUAUCUCAAGUAAAGAUGUCUUCCCUGGGAACUUCGAAGGGAAUUCUUGAGAUUGCUAAGUUCGCUCUCUACGUUUCUGUUCCGAUCGCUCUUAUGUAUACUUUUGCCAACAAUACUAAGAAUCUACAGAAAGUCAUGGGCAAUCGCUCGUACGUAGUUUAUCCCCCAGAGGGUCCACGGCCUCCUUCACCCGAGGAACUGAGGGAGAUGGCUCGAGAAUUGGCUCGCAAGAACAAUACUCGUUAAUGGCUCCAUAGCGUUGUAAGUAGGAACUGUAUAGGAUCACAGUUUUAUGUAAUAUGUGGUGAUGAAGCAGGUUGGAUCUCAGUCACUGAAAAGUAUUUGGCCUGGCCUGGGCUGGAUAUUGUUACAUACAGGUCCCUUUGCAUUUGUUUGAGAGGCAAGGGUAUUGUAUUUUCUUUUAGACACCGUAAAGCUGGGAAUACCUGUUUGAUCAGGUGGCAGUACUCUGAUAUAUACUUAAAUAUUAAUGGAGCUCCUGUAUCUUCUAACAA